AUUAUCUGGCAGCAGAAAUUCUGAGUUGGAUAAAACCGCAGUCUUGAAGAGCCCACAUGUUCAAGUGGCGGCGCUGCAGUCCACUCCCUGCUCGAAGGAGGACCGACAGUCACAGCACCGAGACAAAGGGAAAAUAUUGCUUUAGUGUCGGGGCUCCAAGCACAAAUAUGUCGGAUAGUUACGACUUUAACGACGAUGUGGCCAUGAUGAAAAUGGACGAAGACGGGGACAACAACAACGAGCCGAUGUCUGCGAGCGUGGACGGUGGCCUGAUGGAGGGCGAGGCCGAGGGAUCCAGGAUUGACGCCAGUAAAAACGAGGAGGAUGAAGGAAAGAUGUUUGUCGGGGGGCUCAGCUGGGACACGACCAAGAAAGACCUAAAAGAUUACUUCAGUAAAUUUGGGGAAGUGGUAGACUGCACACUAAAGCUGGACCCCAUUACUGGACGUUCAAGAGGAUUUGGCUUUGUGCUCUUUAAAGACCCAGAAAGUGUUGAUAAGGUAACUACACAAAAGGAACAUAAAUUGAAUGGAAAGGUAAUUGACCCCAAAAAAGCCAAGGCCAUGAAAAGCAAGGAACCAGUGAAGAAGAUCUUUGUUGGUGGUCUCUCUCCAGACACUCCUGAGGAGAAAGUCAGGGAGUACUUUGGUGCCUUUGGAGAGAUAGAGUCCAUUGAACUUCCCAUGGAAAACAAAACAAACAAAAGGAGAGGGUUCUGCUUCAUCACAUUUAACGAGGAGGAGCCAGUUAAGAAGAUCAUGGAGAGAAAAUACCACAACAUUGGACUGAGCAAGUGUGAAAUCAAGGUGGCGAUGUCAAAGGAACAGUACCAGCAGCAGCAAUACUGGGGAGGCAGAGGUGCAUACUCAUCCAGGUCCCGCCCAAGAGGUGGUGGACCCAAUCAAAACUGGAACCAGGGUUACGGCAACUACUGGAAUCAGGGCUAUGGAAACUACAACAACUACGGCUACGGUAAUCAGGGCUACGGAGGAUACGGUGGCUAUGACUAUUCUGGUUACAACAACUAUUAUGGCUACGGUGACUAUGACAGCCCAGAUCAGUCCGUUGGAUAUGGCAAGUCACCGCGGCGUGGUGGUCACAGCAACAGCUACAAGCCAUAUUAAUUGGGGAAAACCUCAUCGUUAACGGAGCUUCCUUGCAGGCCAUGAGCUGACUCCCAGAUACUCUCAGGGCCCGCUCAAUGCGGACUGGGUACGAGAAGCAUACGCUCUCGAAUGCUGCCAUUUGGUAUGGUCUUACAACAUCCUGUAUCCGCAUUUCUAAACUAAACAAUAUGGGACACGUCCAGCUUUGUCAUCUUUCUUUCUUUGUUUAAUUUCUUUGCAACUGUAUGUAAUGUAAAACGUUAAAAUAUACACAUGUCAUUUUCAUUUUUUACAGGCCCUUACUCCUUCACAAGUAAAUGAUAAUAAAUCUGAAACAAAAGUAUUUGCUUUUCAAAGAAAAUGUACAGCUUUCUCUGGACAUUCCAGUUCCUAUUGCUAACAUUUGUAUCUAAUAUUUACCUUAAAUGCUUGUUUCUUUAUUUAGCUCCCGUAGCCCGUAGUCCAUGAGCUAAAUCCUGGUCCGUAUUUGGAUUCUACUGCACUGGGGGAUAAAGUACUUUGUCUAUAUGUAUUACUGUAUUUGUCUUUACUGGCAGUGCUGGAACAGACUCCUCCUUUUUCAUUUGAUUUUUUCCUGUAACAAAACCUUCUCCUGAUAACCUUUUGUAAAACCAGAAUAAUUCAACAUUUUACUACAUUUGCAGAUAUUUGCAUGUAAUGCUGUCUUGAAUGUGUAAUAUUCAGUAUUUGGGCUUUAACUAAAGUUUUUUUUUACACCUCAGGAUUCCUAGCUUAUGGACUAACAUUAUUUAAAGUGUAACAUGAAAAAAAAUAAUUGUUCUCAGUUCCUUUUUUUUUUUUACACUGGACAUUUUUUAAACACAGGGGAUUCCUAUUUCAUUGUAUUUUCACCUGCCUGUUGUUCGCCCCCCCAGCUGACCUGUGUGUGUUUGUUUCCCGUAGGUUCAGUGUGAUGAAGAAAAGUCUGCGGUGUACGCACUGGUGGAGCACUUGGCCAAAGACAUGAUGGUUUCCAGCACAGGCCACUUAGCUGAGCGUUAGAGAGUGACUGGUGAUCAGUACGACCUACAGUACAUGUUCUCUAUAUUAACCAGAGUAUUUGUUGUAUCUUAAAGCAAGCUGUGUUUGUUUGUUGUUUUUUUUUGUUUUUUUUUAAAUAUUAGGUAUAAGUGGUCCCUGGUUCUGCCUGUUUUUGUAUUUACUGCUUUCAACCAUAGCUUUGUUUUUGUUUUGUUUUUUUGUAAAUUUAAUUUUAUUAUAUACGUUUGUGAGAUUGGGUUUUCACACAGGUCGAGUAUAUAAUCAGUUUUGUGGAAGUGAAAAAAAAAAAACAUUGUUAUAAUGUAUCCGCUGAUUGUACUCAUCACUCACACAUUACACGUUACAAGAAUUUUACAUUCAUAAACAUACAGAAUAUAUACAGCGUAUUGGACAUGAAGAAAUGCAACAAAUAAAUGUAAUUAACAUAUA